CAAGCAGCCAAUAGUGCCAGCCCCUCCAUAGUCGACAUCUUCCUCGAGCACGGCGCCAACCUCCACAACAGCCGAGCCAUACAUGAGGCGCUAUACUGGGACACAAGCGCGGACGUGAUUGAAAUGCUCGAUCAUCUGGUCAAGCGCGGUGCUGGUGUCAAUCACCUUGCGAUCCAUAUGCGGGGUUUUCAUUGGGGUGCAAGGCCGCUUAAUAUUGCUGCCGAGAUUGGCAAAUUGGAGCCGAUACGGUGGUUGCUCGAGCAUGGGGCUGAUCCGACAGCGACGGAUCGGUAUGGGAUUCCUCCUUGUUACAACGCGCAGUUAUUUGAGAAAAAUGAGGCGGAUGAAUUGUUAAGUGACGCGUAUAAUAAGAAGCUCAGGGCUUCGUCAGAGGGGAAUGCAAAUGGCGAUGCCUAG